GAACUUCAGUCCUCUACGACCGCAUCAAGUGUAAGCAGUAGCAUUCGCCACCCAUUGGCUUUGUUCUCUGCCUCCCACACACAAUUCAACUAAACAAUCAACAACAACAACGCGUGUGCCUUUCUCAAAUUCAAACAAAAUGGCACAAACUAUUCAGAUGACCAAUGAGCAACUGCAUGCGCUCAUCGAAGCCGUGCGUCAGUCCGCUGUCAGCGCAGCUGGCACCGCUUCCGCCGCCAGGGAAUCUUCGACUGCCAAGACAAAGGGCAGCUUCAGCAAUUGCACACACAGAUUCGGCGGUGCUCGCAGUCAUGACGAGGUCGAGGAGUUCAUUACCAACGUAGUCACCUACAAGGAGCUGGAAGAGAUCAGCGAUGAGAACGCCCUCAAGGGCAUUUCGCUGCUCUUCUAUGGCAUCGCCUCCACCUGGUGGCAGGGCGUUCGCAAGGAGGCCAAGACCUGGAACGACGCCAUCGGUCUCAUCCGCGAACACUUCUCGCCCACAAAGCCCGCCUACCAGGUGUACAUGGAGUUCUUUGAGAAGAAGCAGGAGGAUGCCGUGGCCAUUGACACAUUUGUGGUGGAGAAGCGGGCGCUGCUCGCUCAGCUGCCCGAGGGUCGCCACAAUGAGGAGACUGAACUGGACUUCCUGUACGGCCUGCUGAAUAUCAAGUACCGCAAGCACAUUCCCCGCCAGAGCAUUCAGACAUUCCGCGAUCUACUCGAACAGGGACGCAUCAUCGAGCACAACAACCAGGAGGAUGAGGCGGGCUCCAAGGGUCCGCAACGUGGCGCCCGCCGUGUUGACCGUUGCACCUACUGCAAUUUCCGGGGUCACACGUUCGAGAACUGUCGCAAACGCCGUCAGCAGAGGGAUGCGGGAAACGAGGAGGAUUAAAAGGCCACACACACGCAAUUCCAUAGAUCGUGACGUCAUCGUCAUCUACAACAACAUCAACUGCGUGCGCAGGGCGCACAUUUGAUUCGCUGACGUCACGAUCCCAACAACAACAACAACUAUCAAAACUCACUUUGUCACGUCGCUCACACAUUGACAAGAACGAGAAGGGAAGACGACUACGACGCAGAAAGCAGCACCAAUUAGCUUUUAGUUAAGUUCACUUCACUCUCUCAUUCUCCGCCAAGUGGCGUGCCGGCAAGCAGAGCAGAGCUUUUCAACAACAAAUCAAUAAUUUAACUUUACGCUGCGACUGCGGCUAUUUUUGGCUAUGAACGCCAACUCUGGAAUCAUUUUCGUGAAAAUUUUUCACACCGAGAAACUCUCAACCGGUAAACUAAGUUUACCAAAGCUCGAGCGACAGGAAACGGAGAGAGGGAACUGGCGCACGAAUUUCGCUCCUAGACCAAAGCUCUGCGUUUCGAUGCGGCGCGGCAGAGCAACGACGCAUUGUCGUGUGCAGCACUCGGCUGUGGUUCUUCGGGACUGCAGCCGAUGUGUUGUGUGCGUCAGGUGUCGUUGCCGCUGCUGCGUCUGCGUCGGCGCAGAGCUUUCGGUUGUGAUGAGUGUUUCGUGCGUCUCUCUUUUUCCCAUUUCCUUGUCGCUCAAAACCCGCUGUCUUGAUCUAGUGUCGGUGCAGUGCGGCUGCAAUGUACACGAAGUGAGCAAACUUCGGCUGCAUUGCUCGGUUCGCUUCGGCUUGCUGAGCUUUGCAGCCGAUCACUUGUCACCUAAGUUUGCGUUGCAUCGGCAACUGUGCGGAUCCUUAAUCAAUGCAGCAAAAACAAAAAACCGCCGACAGUCAUUGAUGCAGUUGCUCUUGUGCGAUGUAAGUUCGUGGCGCAGCUCCAGGUUGUGUACAGAGCGCAGCAGGUAGCUUCGUUGCAGUGUGUUUCGAUGCACUGCAGCGUUGUUGUCCGUUGUUGCUCCUGUGCCCGGCCUGAAGUUGCUGCCACCUGGACGUGCGUCUCUCGCGAUAGGAGCUGCAUCGAUUGGCUGUUGGCAAAACCCAAAAUUGUCUCAGGACAACUUUGAACAAAAUCAAACAAAAAUCGUUUUUUUUUAAACGUAAUCGGGCAAUACAUUGCACUACAAUGGCUAUGUUGUCGCCAUUCGUGCAAUUGGCACGCUAAAUUGUCCUCGGCUAUGUGGCUGUUCCUUGGAGCACCACUGUGCCGGUCAAGCAUUAGGCACGCCAACACAUUUCAUACACACACUCAAGGGUUUUCGGAUUCGUCGCUUCUCAGCCGCUCCAGCUUGUGGCGACUGUCCUAAACCCACCCCAUUGUAAAUCCAACCUCUUGUGCAGAAUCCAUAGGCGCGUAGUACCAAUCACAUCGGUAUCCAUUGGCCAUGGUUGCUCAGCGUGCCAGCAUUUGGAGCAUUGGCCUCACAAGCGCUACAACAACCAUGGCCCGCAUUCCCCGAUGACAUCCCAGUGAGCAGCCUUUGCCAUUGGCAUGAUCAUUAUGCUGGGGGCUUAUGGAUGACCACAAUAGGUUGCGAUAGGAAACCAGAAAUUAUAAAGACUGACUCAGAAAACAAUCCACCAAAAUACAGAACUCAAAACUAAAAAACUAAA